AUGUCUCAUUUAGAAGAUCAUGGAGGACAUCAGGAAGAAGAAGAUGAGGAGCAGGGAGAAGGAGAAGAACGCCCCAAAUACAAGUCACUGGUCACACAGCUUGCUGCUCCAAAAAUCCCCGAAGGAGACCGAGUCGACUUUGAUGAUAUCCACAGGAAAAGGAUGGAGAAAGAUCUUCUGGAGCUGCAGACUCUGAUUGAUGUCCACUUUGAGCAGAGGAAGAAAGAGGAACAGGAGCUGAUUGGACUCAAAGAAAGGAUUGAGAACCGACGGGCAGAAAGAGCUGAGCAGCAGCGAGUGAGGGCUGAAAAAGAGCGAGAGAGACACACACGGAUUGCGGAGGAGAGGCAGAGGAAGGAGGACGAAGAGGCAAAAAAGAGGGCGGACGAUGAAGCCAAGAAGAAGAAAGUGCUCUCUAACAUGGGCGCUCACUUCGGAGGGUUCCUGGCCAAGGUAGAGCAGAGGCGAGGAAAAAAGCAAACUGCGAGGGAAAUCAAGAAGAAGACUCUGGCUGAGCGCCGUAAGCCACUGGCUAUAGAAACUCUAAGAGAGGACGGUCUGAGAGAGAGAGCUAAGGAGAUGUGGGAGUGCAUCUACCAGCUGGAGUCUGAGAAAUUUGACCUGACAGACAAAAUGAGGAGGCAGAAGUACGAGAUAAACGUUCUCCUCAACAGAAUCCAACACGCUCAGAAAUUCAAAAAGGUCCACGGUAAGGGGAAGGUUGGAGGACGCUGGAAGUGAAUUUACACACAUAGAGACAAGAAGACGCUUCACUAGCUUGAGGAUGAGGUUGCAGUGUUCGUCAGUAAAGCUCAAAACAGAUUCUAUCAAUUUUUGUGUAACAUUUAUUCAAAUACAUAAGCUUGCAAUUGUGUCUGUAAUAUUUAAAUGCAUAGAUCAAUAAAAUGGACGUGUCGAUCGCAUAGGAAAUGAAAUAUGAUUAUUAUUCUUGUCUGUUUGUUGCAUCUUGUGAAUGUAAAGAAAGGGGGAACAAGAGUAAACAGAUGUGCUGAUGUGCACCACUUUUAUUUUGUCUCUGGUGUGAACACAGCAUGGACGUCGUCACUCUUCCUGUCACACCACGGUUCAAAUCCGGCCUCCAGAGCGAUGCUCGCCACUUUCUUUGCAAAUCCUGCUUCCUGGUCUUUGUUCAGAUCCAAAACGUACCUGCGAUUUACAGCAACACACAAACGCAACUUAGAUGUCAAUCGAAUCACGGCCGUAAUAAACUGCCAAGACUUGUCCCGAACAUUUAACACAAAUGAUCUGAUACACAACAAUUACACAGCAGAGUCACUGUACUCCUGGUGGCUUAACUGUCACCAUGGAAACAAGUUACUAUUAGAAGUCACUGUAACACCCUCACUUGGCCAGCUCCAUGACAACCACAGCGUCUGGUGCUGCGAUCUGUGUCAUCGUCGGGCCCAACUGGUGCACACAGCUUCACAGCAGACACACAAAGAGAAAUAUGGUCAGCAGUCAUUUCAGUUAUCUGUGGUCAAUGUGACUAGAGGGUGAA